GAAAUAGGGGGCCGAUUGGGCUUGUUGAAAGUGAAAAAUACUUUUGGAGAACUUUCAUAGGUUCAUUGAGAAGAAGAAACAAAUAGUGGCUGCGGUUACCUUUAACCAACACCUGCUUUGUUCUUGCGUGUGGAUUCGGCAUUUUAAAUCUCACGCGAUCUGUGGUUACUUUUUCCAAAACUUGCUUUGUUCUUGAGUUUCGAUUCGGCAUUUUAAAUCUCACUCCGGAGACCUCAUAUGUUUUCAAAUACAACACCUUUGCAUCGAGACAUAUCGAGUCCGAGGAUUGAAAUGCAUCUUGUUUUCAUCCGUAGUGAUUCUGGCUCUUUUUCCCUUCGCGAGUGACUCGGUGUAACUCAAGAAGAUGGGUUCAAGUUCUUCGAAGGGUCGUCGGAAGGUGACCAAAGUGGCCCCAGUGCCAAGCAAAGGGGAAAGAUUGGCGCCGCAAAGCACGGCGGCUAUGUACUGUUUCCAUAAUGCUUUGCAAGAGACAAAUCCAAACAUAUUUGCUUCCUCAACUGGGAGAAAUCUAAUACUGGAAAGGCAGCUUCCGCCACUGAGAGAGACAUGGCAAGGAAGAUAUCCAACAGGGCCCCAACCAGGUGUGUUUGACCUCACAACAGAAGGUGGAGCACCAAGCAUCAUCAAGCAACAUCCUCCUCGAAGGCUUCAGAAGUUGGAGCCUUUCAUUCUUGCCAGUGACCUUCCUCCUGACAAAUACCGAAGCUUGCAAGGAGCAUCGGCAACAUGUAGACCAAAAGAGCAAGUGAAGGGAAAGCAAUCUGCUAUACAUCCCCAAGGAGGACGGCAGUAUUUACUCCAGAUGAAGAUGCUAGAAAUCAGAAAAGAGGAAGAACUGAAGAGACGUCUGCACGAAGAGGCCCGGAUUCAUAAGCUCCAAACAAGGGAUCUUGACAGGAGAGGAACACUGGGGCUCGUGCGGAGAAAUAACAGCUCGGAUGAUGAAGACCUGCUUAGCCAGACCUUUAAAAGAAACCAAGGCGAUCGUUGGAGUGGAGAACUUUUUAAAGAACCUGGACCAUCCGAGGUUCAAAUCAGCCAGAGGGGGAAAGUAGAAGCAUGGCUGUGGAACCAGCAGGCAAGAAGAGAGUCAUUCUCAGAUACGUCGAGCAGUGACUCCGACAACUGGAAUCAUCCUUGCCGCAGACCCGCCUUAGUGAGGACUAAAACGCAAAGGAUUGCUCUAUUUGAUGAGUUUUUUGAUAAAGAGUUCUGAUUGGAAGGUGUGGUGCAGAAA